GUGAAUAACAAACAUUACGAUGAGAUGUAAACGCUGCUCGUGAGAAAUAAGUGGCUUUUUUGUCCUUUUUUGUGCUUUUUGUCCACUUCUGCCGACAUGGUUCGAUGUUUCCUGAUCCACACGGUGUGUCCGGUCACUGCUCUCGGUCCCGGGGAGACUCGGAUACUUUACUCCCGGGUUUUUGGACCAGAUGAGGGCAUGUCGUCCCAGCUCAGCCCGGAGGAGAGACGACUCCUCCAGAAGGAGAAGGUAGCUGUGGUAGCCAGGCAGGUCCGGAGCGCCGUCUCUCUGUCCCGGGAGGCUUCGGGUCAGACGCUGGUGGAGGCGGUGCCCGGCGAGGAGGCGCUGGCCCUGCAGGAGGCCGACAGCGGAGUGCUGCGCCUGAGAGCUGGGGACCCCUUCUCUGAGGAGAUGAGCGCUCUGUGGUUGGGGGUCCAGAGUCUGGGCUUCACGCUGGUCUGUGAGCCCCACGAGAACCUCCUGCUGGCUGAGGGGACCCUGCGCAACCUGACCCGACACUGCCUGGAGCACCUGCACAUGCUGGGGCAGGGCAGCGAGGUGCUGCUGAGGAGCAACCGAAUCGACGCUCUGCUCAGCCGCCUACUUCCUCACGGGCAGCUCCUCUUCCUCAACCACCGCUUCGCCCAGAGCCUGGAGAAGGAGGUGGCGGCUUACAUGGCCAAGUGAGGCAGGGCGAGCCCGCCGCGGCCUCAGCCGCUGCUAGCCGUAGCCGCUAGCUUUCAAACAAACAGGCUGACUGUUGUUUACCCUCUGUGACAUUUCUGCGGCAGUGGAGGAAGAGCGGACUAGUGGCAGCUGCUGUUUCAGAUUGCAUGAGGUGGUAAACACAUAGUGGUAAAUAUCUCCCUCAGCCACUUGCAGCUCGCUGUUGACUGUUUACUGUGUGGGAGGCUUCAGUUCAAAUCCUGUUUGUCAAAUUGAAGAGUGGAAAGAAAAAUGUGGCAGAUUAAAGAGUGCAGCUGAAGAGGCCAGUGAAAAGCUGCUCGUCAACAUCAAAGGCAGCAAUUUAUCUGAUUCACCAUACUCCAAAUGUCAUAGUGUGACCUUGGGGAAUCAGACUUGACCUUGUUUUUGAGAAUUCUGGGAGCAUAAAUGAAUCUCAAAGUGCUUUAUUGCCUCAAUGUGGCUUCUAAUGCACCUUUUGUUCCUGAGGAGGAGGAGGAGGAGGAGGAGGACACCAGGUCGUUUUUUUUGUUUCUGUCUUAUGUUUUUGUGCAGUUAAAAGUAUGAUUCAUCUCAUCGGAACAAACAGCAGAGAUGGAGCGCAGAAAGAUCAAAGUCAGGCCUGUUUAAUGUCAUUUUGAACCAAAAAUGUCAGGAUUCAUGAGACAUCGAGGCCAAUGAAGAUGGCAGGAAGUGACAUAUUGGAAAUAUUGUAAAGACGAUAUGCAGAGAUGUUGGCAUGCGGGAUCCAGAACAAACCAGGAGAUGAUGACAAAAACAACUAAAACAGAAACCUCCUGAAACAAUAUACAACAAUUGUAUCUUGUGAACAUCUGCUGUACCCCCGACUGCAGCCCUCCAUGGAGCCAGACUCUCCUGCUCCUCCUCCUGGCCUCAUAAAAGCCGCUUAAACCCCAGUUUUUGUGCUGGCAACCAAAUCCAAAACCAGAGCGACGAUUUUAGGUCGGUGAAAACAUCUGUGUGGAUGCCAACAUCAAUUGCUUUGAUCUUCUCUUUUUUCUCUGUAUUAAAGAAAUAAAACUAAUUUUAAUAUUA